AUGUUCGCCUCUGUCCUCGCCGCGGCUAGCUGUUGGUUGAUUCAAUUUUUGGACCUUGGUUGUUUUCGGGGCUCGCGGUGGUGCGUCUUUUAUAAUCGGUCGUUGUUGGCUCGACGACUGGAAUCUUAUCCGCCGUUGGAUAUCCGCUCUCCGAAGCUAAGCUCCUCGAUUCUAUUUGGAUUGAUGUCGUCGUUUGGCCUGCCUGGUGGGACCGUCGGAGAGGCUCCUCGACUGCCGCGGUCCUUGAUGUCGGGUUGGUCGAGCUUGCCUUCUGGUGGGGCUUCUUGCGAGGGCUUUCGAGAUUGGAGGUCCGGUGGCUUGGUGGUGGUGCAAGGCGGCGAGAGGUCUUCGGGGAUUAUGGAGAAAUUUGUCAUCCUUUUCGUGGUGGGACUACUAUUGCAUUGCCUGAAUCCAGUAGCCAGUUGUGAACAGAUUUCCGCGCAAGAAACACAAUAUUCCGCGAUAAAUUGCCGAAAGCACGUCGCGAGUUUGCUCGAUUUUGGAGGAAAAGGUGACGGUAUAACGUCCAACACGGCCGCUUUUAAGGCGGCCGUUGCUAAUUUAAGCAAAGUCGCCUCUGAUGGUGGUGCCCUUCUCGUGGUCCCACCCGGGAAAUGGCUAACUGGAUCUUUCAAUCUCGCUAGCCAUUUCACUCUUUAUAUACACAAGAAUGCCGUUCUUCUUGCCUCUCAGGUAGAAUCAGAUUAUCCUCUAAUUGAUCCAUUGCCCUCAUAUGGAAGAGGAAGAGAUGCUGAUGGAAAAAGAUUUUCCAGUUUAAUUACUGGAACAAACCUAACUGAUGUUGUCAUUACAGGAGGAAAUGGCACGAUUGAUGGGCAAGGAGAAACAUGGUGGAAAAAAUUCAAGGCUGGUCAGCUUAACAACACACGACCAUACUUAAUUGAGCUAUUAUUCUCAAAUCAGGUCCAAAUUUCCAAUCUUACCCUCAUCAACUCUCCUUCAUGGCAUGUACACCCCACUUACUGCAGGGAUGUCAUUGUUGAAUACAUCACAAUUCUUGCACCCAUUGAUUCCCCAAACACUGAUGGGAUCAAUCCAGAUUCCUGCAUCAACACGCGCAUUCGUGACUCGUAUGUCGUGUCCGGUGAUGACUGCAUCGCGGUCAAGAGCGGGUGGGACCAAUACGGCAUAAAGUUCGGCCGGCCCACCCAACACCUGAGCAUCAAGCGGUUCACGUGCAUCUCCCCUGACUCGGCCGUCAUAGCCCUCGGAAGCGAAAUGUCGGGCGGCAUCCAAGACGUCCGUGCCGAACAAAUCUACGCCCUCAACUCCCAAUCGGGUGUGCGGAUCAAGACCGCCCCUGGGCGAGGGGCCUACGUCAGAGACGUGUACGUGCGCGACUUCUCCUUCGAGACGAUCAAGUACAUCUUCUGGACGACGGGCUCGUACGGGUCCCACCCGGACGAUGGCUACGACCCCAAGGCCUUACCCGAGAUUAGAAACAUUAACUUCCGGGACGUGGUUGCGAAGAACGUGACCUUCGUGGGGUACCUUUCGGGAAUCAAGGAGGACCCAUUCACGGGGAUUUGCAUUUCGAACGUGACUGCUGAGCUUGCGAUGCAGAAGGAGGAGGAGAAGGAGGAGAAAGAGUACCAGUCGAUCUACGACUUGUUCGUGAAGGGGGACAAGAAGAAGAAGAAGAAGCCCAAGUCGAAGCUCCCGUGGAAUUGUACCGAUGUUAGUGGAGUGUCGAGCCGGGUGACUCCAAAGGCUUGUGAUUUGUUGCCCGAGAAGCAAGUGGAUUGCGCCUUCCCGGGAGAUACGUUGGCAAUUGAUACGGUCGUGUUGAAAACGUGCUCGGUUAGUUUUUGA